AUGAUGUCCCUCGCAGCUCGAUCGGGGGCUUUCUCCCCCUACAUGCAGGCCACAGCCUUCACAGUGGCCGGUCCUCUGAAGGCGCUGGUCCCGGGAGUCGUCGUGAAGGGGGAAAAGAUAACACUGGACACCAAAAGGAAGUUCCUAUGCCGGGAAACUCUGAGCGGUCAGAGCCCGACGACCGGGCCCGCUGUGACGGUUAGCAUUAACGGUGAGUCCGCUAAUGACAGCUGGUCAUAGAGCCAACUAAAUCAACUUUAUUUCUACAGGAACAUACACUCUGAUGUUAUAACCUGUCUGUAUACCACGAAGAAGGUCAGCUGUAUUUCAGUAUAUUUUUAUACUUGAAAGAACCUCACGGCUAAGUUAGCCUGAGCUGCCCGGUAUCAGCUAACAUCCGGUUAGCCCGGUUAGCCGGAUAAAGCUUGUCUUACAGAUGAGCUCGUGGUGUAGUCGAGAUUACACUGUUUUUAUUCUUGGAUUGUGCAAUAUCUCAGUAAAUAUAAACAUAAAGAUUGCAGAGGGACUCAUUUUGACAUUGAUCAGCCGGAUCAGAGAGUCCUCUGCCCGUGUACAAGAGUGUGUCCCGCUGUGACCCCGUGACGUGUUCAGUAGUCACGGUGUGUCCUCAGAGGACAAACACUGACCACUUAUGAAAAAAGUUAUCAUCUUAUCUCUGACUGUUCAGCAGUACAGGUAACAGUAGAUCACACCAGCAGCCUGCGAGAUGUUGAAAUGUUUGGCUGAAUUAGCAAACACCUCCAGCUCUAGGUCAUUGUCAAUAAUAACACAAUAAGAGAGCAAGAAAGCUUCACAAAUAAACAAAGCAUCGAAUAUAAUGACAGCUCAAGCCAGGUAGAUAACAGUUAUAACAAGGCAAAUAUGUAAAAAAAAAGGUAAAUCACAAUCAAAACCAAUAUUAACAUUGAGGGCUGAACCAUAUAUUUCAGCACAAUCAUGGUGUGAAUAUGAGAUGUCAGUCAUAUAACUUGAAACAUGUCACACUUCCUUAUUGUCCAGAGGUGUGAUGGACAUUCAUCUGAAAUGACUUCUUUGCAACCCCUCAUUCAAACUCACAGAGAAACGAACCUCUGCGCGGGCAGGUUCUGGUAAACACCCAGGUGUGGUGCUGAUACCAUCAAAAAUAUCCAGGAUUUAGUAGGUCUAGUAGGACAGUGUUUUUCCUGCUCAUUCUACUGAAAUUGAAAUGCUGAUUAAGCAUUUCCACUUAUUCUCAUUAAAGUUUCGAGCUCUACUGAGCGUUAAACUAAUGGGACAUUAGAGAACUUACUUUGAGCUUCUAUACUUGUAGUGCAUACACAUGAUAAUAAAGUGAAAGUCAUUUAGAGAAGGCAGUGAAUUUUUGUUGAAUUAUGUGGUGUCUUCUUAAAAAAAACAACUUUUUGGCCUGCCUCUGACACCCUCUGUUAUGUAGAAUUUGACCUUAAAGGUCCUUUCACACCCGGAGCGUUUUUUUCGUGGGAAUAUUUUGGACGUCAAUACUUUUUUUUGAACCCGUAUCCUGUCAAUACAAGCGUUCACAUCAGCGUUGUUUUCCCGUCCUGUGAUAUUGCAGCAUUUAUUUUUUCGGAUCACGGUUGAUUAUUCUUACGUUUCGCAUACUGUAUGUCCACUUCUGACCAAUCAGAUUGCGUGUUGUUGUGGUGUCAGAUUGACCGGUAUAUCCAACAUGGCUGACCAGCUGAUUGUUUACGUGUCGGAGAACAGAGUGCUUUUUGAUAAAAGACACAAACAUUACAAAGAUAACGACCUGAAGGACAACUUGUGGAGAGUCAUAGCGUCGGAUCUCUCAUAUGACGAUGGUUUGUGUGCUUUAACAGUUUGCUAAACAUCUUUGUUUUAACUUUCAACUGUGCUAAGUAAUUUGGGUCGUAAGCUAACCUGUUUAGAUGCAACAUACCAUAUGUAUUUUCACUGUCUCAAACUCAAUCGCACUGCUGUCACAGCACCAUUAGGUCUCGUUUGUUACCUUACGUUUAUGGAUGGACAGCCAUCUCAACACUAGUGUCUAAUCAGAACUGAAAAACAGUCAGUCUAGUGUUGUGUCAGUCUUCUCGCUUCCACCCGGGACGCUUCUUUUUUGUUCCUCCCGGAAAGUUGCAAAAUCGCACGGGGCCUGAUGUGUAUAGUCAGGAGCAUCAAAAUUCUCCUCCGACUAUUUUGUAAUUUUGCGUUCUAUAUUCGCGUCGGCCCCGGUGUGUAAGGACCUUAAGUUCAGAAAUGGUACUUGGGCUGACUCCAAAUAAUGCUGCUGCUUGGUUUUGUGGAACACCAGCUUGAAGUUUCUCUAUCCCAUGGUUAAUCAGUCCACACCAGGAGUACCACAAACUGGAAACAAGUCACUAGCAACUUUUUCAUGGGUGCAACUCUCAUGCUUAUCCCACAGAUGCAUGUUCCUUACAAAUGUGGCACCAUGUAAAAGGGAAAUAAAAGAACUAGUAUAAUAUUUGUUUCCAGGAAGUAGAGAAAUAAUCCACCGCCUAUGAUUCUGUUAUUAGGUGAGUCUGGCAUCAGUAAGGUUAAUUUGAAAGAUGUAGUAAAACUGACCAUGAACUUCAGCAGCUACAAGCUGUAGACUCAUUAACUACAAAGUGGGGUGCAAUCAGUAUAUUUGAUGAGGCUUCAGCAGAUAUCCCCUUUUGUGUACCUCUCUGUGAUGGUUCACUGAAUUUCCUCUUGGAGAUAAAUAAAUAUUCUGAUUCUGAAAUCAUGAAUGUAGGCAAGGAUUACAAAGCAAGCGCACAUUGCUUUAUCAAUCAUAAAAUAGCAAUUGGGUAAAUUAACAAAAAAAGAAACCUGUCAAAGGACUGCAAAUAUAUAUUUACAUAUACAGGGCUCUACAGUAUGACCGUUUUAUUCGCAUUUACGACUAAGAAUACAUGUGUGCAAAUUGUAAAAUUAGGGGCACAUGUGCGCAUAAAAAAAAAAAAAGCCGAGGCAACAAAUGUUUUUUCAUGUAAAUAUGUUCAAUAUUAGAUGGACAUGCUCUGCGGAUCUACCAGUGUCUUCCAACUCUCCAUAACCAGGAAUAGCAACAGCAGCGGCACCCUCACUGUCAAUGUCGGGUGUUGAAUAAGGGACCAUCAAUAAAUUACCAGUUGAUGUUCUCAAUAAAGGCUGUUUUCCUUUAAUAGCUUCAAUGUCAUGUGACCAAUUUACCUAAAAUUGAUUCCAAAUCAUAGUGCUGAUGUCAACCAAUAAGACACACAUUCUUCGAUCAAUUGUCAUUGUGUACCUUAAGUUUGUGUGCUCCUUACUUUUUCAACUUAGGAGCACAUGUGCUACUUGUGAAAAAGUUGGUGUCAAGCCCUGGUAUAAACACUGAGUACAAUCAGAAGUAAACACAUAGCUGGCUGCAUCACAUAUGUUUUCAUUGUGUUUGUGCACAAACAUGCUGUCUGAUUUGUCACUGUAGAAACCAUGUCCUCUUUGUGUUUUUUUUUGGCCUGGUUUAUUGAACCCCUCCUGUCAGGUUACUGAAGUGCGUCUUUACAGUGUCUGAUAAAUCUGUAUUUAAUCUCUACAGGUCCUGCAGGAGUUCGCUAUGCCCACACAGACAUCAGGAUACCAGACUUCUCAGACUACAGGCGCCCUGAGGUUCUGGACCCCAACAAGUCCUCUCGGGAGAGCGGUGACUCCAGGAAAGCCUUCUCCUACCUGGUGACAGGAGCUACGACCGUGGUGGGCGUAUAUGCUGCCAAGACGGUGGUCACGCAGUUUGUCUCCUCAAUGAGUGCCUCAGCCGAUGUCCUGGCUCUGUCCAAGAUCGAGAUCAAGCUGAGCGAUAUCCCAGAGGGAAAGAACAUGACCUUCAAGUGGAGGGGCAAGCCGCUGUUUGUCCGCCACCGCACAGAGAAGGAGAUCUCCACAGAGGCUGGCGUCAACCUGGCAGAGCUGCGAGACCCUCAGCAUGACAAAGACCGCGUCCUCAACCCCAGCUGGGUCAUUGUGCUUGGAGUGUGCACGCAUCUGGGCUGCGUGCCCAUCGCCAAUGCAGGAGAUUUCGGUGGGUACUACUGCCCCUGCCACGGCUCACACUACGACGCCUCAGGACGCAUCAGAAAAGGCCCCGCCCCCCUCAACCUGGAGGUCCCAUACUAUGAGUUUCCUGAUGACGACACAGUGAUAGUUGGAUAA